AUGGCGUCACAGCAACAGGACUUGGUAUUCUAUAGCGAUAAUUCUUUGUUAUCAACGUGUUCACCUUCUGGCGACGAACACACGCUACAAGUGAUAUCACAUAGAGAAGGAACUGAUCCGUCAUGGCUACUCAAUACUCUUCUUGAAAAUGCUUUGCUUGGGACAGCGAAUCUGGUGAACAGAGAUCUCGUACUCAAAAAGAACAACAGAACACUGGCAGUAUACGUUUCAUUCCACAACAGUGCUGAUUUCGUGAUUAACUCAUGUCGCAAGCAAGGUCUCGAUUUAGCCAGCUCCAAAAACUUUACAUUUGUUGACUGUUUCUCUGACUUAUUCACCAAAAAAAUCACUAAAACUGAUAAUUGCAAGCAACAGUUGGCUUCACUCUUUACAGAUAUUUUAAGCAAAGUGGUGCUGCAAGGUCUGUCGAACUGUGUUGUUUUCGUUGAGGGUUUAGAGAUACUCCUAGCAGCCACAGAUGCCACCAGCAAUGAUAUUUUGCGAUGGGUUUCGAAACUCAUCCAGGCUUGCAACUCUCUAUUUAUUACAAUCAAUGCAGAGUCUCCGAUGAUCAACAUGGAAAAUGAAAAUCCGCAAGAUCCAGUGUUUAAAAUUACAGACUUUUACAUAAAGUUGUAUCAUCGUUCGUCUUUGAACGUCAACAUUCUGCCUCUAUCAACAGGUCGAGCCAAUGAUAUAACAGGUUGCCUAACCGUGUCUAGAGGUUCAAAGCCUACCAGUGCAAGCAUAUAUGUGGUCGAGAAAGAAUACGUCUACCAUCUUUCGAAAGAGUCUACAGUCAAAUUGUUUUUUCGUUGA